AUGACUGCAGAUAGUUGUGUUUCUCAAAGCUUGUCCCCAGUAGUAGAAAAGACAGUCAUUGUCCUGAACACUGAUGAUGAAAGGCACCACGAAAUAAAUACUACAAGGACACAAUGGCCCAAGGAGGAGACCUGUCAAGUCCGUGAACAGAGCGACUGUGCGGCGCGCACACGGCGCUCGCACCCGGGAGGCCGGGUGCCCCGUGGCCCGGAGGCGGCGGCGGGGGCGGAGGCUGCGGCCGGAUGCCCAGGAGCGCACGGCGCCAGCCCGGGUAGGCGGUGGACAGCGCGGGGCGGCGGCGCGGGGCCGGCCAGGAGCUGUGGCGCACUCGCUUUUCCCCACCCCCGCCCGGUGGCUGGGCGCUGGCGCGGUUCCCUCGCCGUCCCGCGGCCGCUGGAAAUAGAGCCGGGAUGUUGUUUACAUGACGGAUCCGGCGGGAGGAGUCUGCGAGGAGGAGGCGGAGAGAGGAAGAGAGGAGUCCCCGCGGUGGCGGCGGCGGCGGCGGCGGGCCGGGGUGCGGGCGAGCCCCGCGCGGUCCCCGAAGCCAGGACGCGGGAACCUAGGGCCUUCACUCCACCGGCACCUUUGGAGGGAGGGCCGCCCCUGCCCGACAUGGUGACUGACAGGCUGCCCUGGCUCAGUUAUCACAGUGCUGAUGCUGUCCAUUCUAAAGGUACAGUACUGUGAUAACUGAAGGAUGGCAGCCAUCUUGCCUUCUUCCUUCCAAGAAGUCUCGUCACGGAAGGCGGAAGAGGAAUGGGAAGUGGCACGCCGGGGCAGGACCGGACACUUCACGGCGUUCCUGCGUUUACCUCUUCUAGGCUCCAGUCGGUAAUGGGCAAUAAAUAAAGUACUAGUUUGCCUGGGGCGUGAAUACUCUUGUGCUGGGUCUUUGGGAGAUGGAUACGAGGGAAGUCCUGAGGACAAGUCAGUAUAUCGAGAGUGGUAUUGAGGAAAUGAAGAGGGUAGCUUGUUUGACAGCUUUGCACUUAGCCCUGCACUGUUAGAUGUUCAAAGUUAGACAGGGAGAAGAUUAGGGUUAGGUGUCAAACUAUCGAUUAUCACAUCAAUGAAAUUCUAUCCACACUUUAGGAAUGCACAGUGAUGUGACUCCCUUCCCCCCCAAAAAAUCACUAUGGGAUAUCUCCUCUACAUGAAAAUUACUUUAUUCUAUGAAGUAACUAAGGACAGCAGCACAAGUCAGCUCCAGGGAUAUGAAGUUAGAUAGCAGCCAGUGCCAUGGUUGUGUGGAAGUGUAGAGCCUUAAGAGAGCAUGUGUUUUCUGUCCUCAUCACCUAAAAUUUACCAUGGCUGGGGGCUCUGAAGAUGGCUGUGCCGCUAAUGUGCAUGUGCAGGCAUGAGGACCUGAGUUUGGGCCCCAGUGCCCGUCUAGAAAUCCUGACAUGCUAAGCAUGCAUUUGUAAUCCCCAUGCUGGAAGGCAGAGACAGACAGAUCCCUGGGGUUUCCUUUCCUGGCUAGCCAACCUCACUGAAUCCACAAGUCAUAGUGAGAAACUUCAAAAAAAAAAAAAGAAAGAAAAAGAAAAGAAAAAAAGAUAUCGAGGUGGACAGUUUUCUGAGGAGGAACUCUUGAGGUUUACCUCUGGCUUCUCCAUGUACACUCAAGUCAAGUGUGUAGACAUGCAGGAACUAUAAUUGGAAUAGGGGGAAGGGUUCUUAGAGAUCCCAGGGUUUAUCACAUUCUGUCAGUCACCCCUUUUCCCAAGGACCCUGGAUAUGACAAAUCAGUGAGUACCACAGUUGGUGACAUUGUUGGGUCACAGUUCACUGCAGGGCCCAGGUAAUCACAUGCAAUGUGUUUUUAGGCUCCCAGCUUAAACAGAGUCCUAUUCUCUCUUCACAGGCUAAUGUGUGUGCCUGGGAACCUUACUCCCUGUGGCUGGCUGAGGAGUGAAGGAACUCAAGCAAUGACUUAUGGGGUCAGGCCCCAAGAGAACUUACCUACAACAAGGGCCCACACGGGCCAGGGCGGGCAAAACCACGUGACUUGUAGCAUAUGCUGAACCUUAGGAAUGGACAUUGUCACUUAGUGUCUUAGACCAUCUCCCUACUAGGACAGGACAGAAUGAAGAAAACCAGACACUGGGAGCCUUCACCGUCUCUCUGCUGGCUUGGUUUCUUUCUUCUUUUCCUUCUCCACCCUAAAGGGAGCCGAGCCAGCAGUGACUUGGGUCACACCUGCUUGGUCAGAAACACACUGACUGUGUUUACAGCCCAGUACUUUCAGUGUCUUCACACUCACAAUUUCUCAUAAACCCGAGCUAGGCUGCUCUUCAUCAGUUACAGAGAGGGAGGGCCGCUCUUGAAAUUCCUUGGAAAGGAACUUUUGACAGAAACCCUGAAAGAACUCAAGGGAGCAUUUUGGGAUUGGUGAGUCUUCAAGUAAUUUGAAACACUCAAGUUUCAUUGUUUUAGCAGGUGGAAAAAAGGCUUGAAGAAGGACCGCUUGGCUUUCGUGUGGAUUUCACCACCUUCUUGACCUUCCUGUUUUUCCUCUUACUGGCUUUACAAAAAUCCAUCAGGUUUCUUACUUGCCCGAGCUUGACCUCAGAAGCCACACUCGUGUGCAUGGGUCAUUGAAGUUGUCUUGUUCCUUUUACUGUUGCUGUAAUAAAAUGCCCUAACAAAAGCAAAUCCAGGGAGAAAGGGGUUACUUAUAUUAUUAAAGAUGUAUUUACUUUUA